AUGACUCUGAUAACCACUCCAGAUGCAGAGGCAGACGUCACUCUUCUAUUAACCGCCCUUGAGAAGUAUCUCAGCGAUCAUUUCCUGCUGUUUGGGUCCAUUUCAUCAAAAGCAAGGUAUCUAGAAGCAGCUAACCACCUCCCGGAUCACAUUUGCGAGGUUUUGGUCAUGCUCCUAAAGUUGGAUGUGAACUCCCACCAAUAUGCCUGGCUCCAAAGCACAUUGGCCUUAGUCGAAGUCUCGGUAAGUAUUUGUGAUGCUCAUAGUCAGUUCGGGACUCUGGCCGACCCUCAGGUGGCUCGUGCAACCGAUGCUCUCAGAGCUCGCCUAGUGGAUGUCUUUGGAGCUACAAAUAAGUUCUUGACUUCGUGGAACUUAUCAAUAUUAUCGGCAAAUUCUACCGUGGCGAAACAAUCAUCGCUGGCAUACCUCAAUUUAAUAAGCAAAAUGAGUGACGUGCUUGUUUCUAGCCAAUAUCAUUUGGGUGGUCAACGAGACGUCAAUAUUUUAUCUGAGACAUUGAUGAGGCUGUCCAAGUUCAUUGAUAAUGACUUAUCCAUGUUCACGACACUUGUAUGCAUUGGUAAGGCUGCCUUUUUCGCAGGACAACCUGAGGCUGUAAUACCAUUAGCCUUUUCCGAAGAAGCUAUUGUCACUGAAGCUACAGCCACAGAUAUCUUGGAUCAGGAUCCAAAUUUAGCUGAUGUGAUGGACUUCUACCGCUACUAUGGCUACUGCUUUGUCACUCUCUCGGUAUUGGGUGACAAAAUCAUGCAGACGUACACAGAUCUAGCCGAUGUGUUCUUGAGGGUUCUUCUUAAUCUUCCAAACGUCGAAAUGGCAUUCCUGAGACACGUCGUACUGGCAUUUACAACUGAGGAUCGUGAGGAGCUUUCGUUUUUCUUUCUUUUGAAUACGCAGCUCCGCUUAACAUCGUUGGAACAAUACUUGCGACCUGACAGCAAGGUAAGGGAGGAAUUGAUGUAUUUCACCUCGGCACUCAACGCACGUAUCUCCAAAGAUUUGGCACACCAGGCGUCACCAUCUCAGUCUUAUUCCAGCAGUGCUAUUUCUAUUCCCAACCUCGAACACCGGAUAGGCAAUCAGGCAACAACUCACAAUGCCAGAACGCUUAGCUGUAUUCUUUCAGAUGGAACAUACAAAGAGAAAGUUAAUUUGGUAGUGCAAUUCUUCAAAAGUAGUGGAGUCCCCCAGCUUCAGCUGCUAAAUGGAGUCAAACAUGCCGGGUGCUUGAUUGACUUCUUAAAGUUGUUCAAUCUUAAGGGAGCACCACUAUUUUCAGAAAUCGCUUUGAAAGUAAACAAUGAAGCUCUCUUACAUUACAUCAGCAAUAUUGACGGCGAGAAAUAUCCUGGAAAGUUGCUCUAUGUUGAGGCAGUGGACAAGAUUGUUAAAUUAUUGAUGUUACUUUCUGUAUUGCACUUGAGUGAUACGACAGGAUUGUCCAGUGAUCCAGAUGCUCUAAUUGCGAAGCUUGUCAAUACGGGCCAUACUUUUCAGGAGUUAGCUGAAGUAAAGGAGUUGGUCUUUGUGGAUGGUAACAAGUUUGGACGUAAACAUUUUUUGAUGCUGGAAGAUGAAAGAAUUGCAAAGCAAUUUGCAAUUCUACAACGCACUAAUGAACUCGAAAUCUGCGUUCAAAAGUUGAUGUGA